GGCCGAGGACGGCGGGUAGGGUGGCAACCUCUCCUCCGAUAGCUGCGUACGCGAUUUCGGACGGUACGUCCGGUGGGCGACCACCUCCACCUUCCGCGUCCUUCGUGCCCUCCGAGAGCCGGGUUCCUGCUAGCCGAUGUAUUACGCCGUGCUCAGGCCGAAGCCGGCACCAUAGUACCGCGGCACCUGCUAAUCAAAUCGCAUAUUCCACGAUCGCGUCGCACGAACCACGUCGACGAGCGGCGAGGAAAAUCGCAAUCCAAAUUUGUGUUGAUAUCUACAGUGCUGAUACAUUUUCGAGAAAACCUCGAUACAAAGUCGUGUUAAAAUUUACAUUGUACGAUACAAUUCGUACGGUCUCGCCGAAUGAUAGUUAUCACUGCUACUGUUUUCGAGCAAGCAGAAUUUACGUGGGAAAUUGAAGAAUCAUCGCGCAUCGGGUAAUCGGAUUUGCCGUUGUGAAAAGUUAGCAGCGAAAUUUAUAUCAGUGAAUUUUGCGGGACUCACAGAGACUCUGAAAUAACACUGUUGUGCGUCGGGCUGUCUUGCUGGACGACCAGCUCAAUAUACCUGUUACAGUCAUUCUUGGUAUUAUCCAAGAAUAUAUCAGUGAGGAAUAAGCAAGAGAGAUUCAAAUUGGAUUGUCUCGAAAUCAGUUUUUCAUGUUAGUUAAUAGUUUCAAAAUCUGAAGAUCGUCAGAGGACAAUGUGGAUAUAAAGCAGAAAACGUGACCAAUUUGCGAAACUUCAUCAAUACUUUCGUGGACCUCGAUCAAAACUGCCGCCACCGUUUUCGGCGCUCGAGGUAGACGCAAGAUGCGAAGACACCGAGCCGAGCGAAAACGAUCAGCGACGGUCAUCGAGGAGUGUCAUCGAACGCGCUCGUAGACCGGCCGGGCCAUCGGGGACGAGUCCGCUUCACCGAUGAGAAGAAAAAAACGGGCAGGACAACGUGGCAGGUCGAAGAUCGCGAUCAGGAGGCCGCGGAAUUCGGCGUUUCUUACCGACGGCCGGCGAGGCUGACCGCAUAUUCGGGCCGAAUCGCCGAAACAAACGGACGGAGAACGGCGGCCGGCUAGAUCGGCCGCGGUCCAUCGCGUUUUUCAUCGCGUCGGCCGGCCGGACGACUUACAUCGGGCACGACGCGAGAUUUACAUCGACACGCGUGUAAAAACCGUCGUCUCGAUCUACCGAUCGCGGCGCAGACAACGAUAUUGACUCGAGGGAGAUCGGAUCCCGCGGGAGAGCUUCGGAGGCUUCCAGUUUUAUCAAUCACGAUCGAGUUUGCACGACGUUGAAAGAAAAUCUUAACCGUCCCGCCGGAAUAUUGAUCGGGAUCGUUGAAAAUAUUAUUAAUCGUAUCUACAAGAAAAGCUCGAAGAAAUAUCUGAGUAAAAGCGGAGAGAUAAUAAAAAUCAGGCGAUUUUCCAAAAAAAGAGAUUAAAAAAAAAGGCUUACAAUAUCGGUAUUUAGAAAAAAUCUAUAUUUAAAAGAUUAUUAUCUCUGUAUCAUGAUCAAUAAAAAAGUAGUGCGAUGUUUAAACAUGCAUUUUUAUUAAUUAAAUCUUUAGUUGCAUCUCAAUUGUAAACGGGCUGUCUCCAAGUACUUUUUCGAGCAUUCGUCGAAUUAGAAAACAUCGCUGUGUUAUCAAUAAAAAAAAAAUAGAGUUAACCAUUUCGAGAGAAAAAGUUUACCAUUCAAUACCGCUUCAACAGCGUCAACGUCAUUCAAGUGUGUGCUUUCGUAGGACAAGCAACGAAUCGCGGCGCGACGGAUUCGACGCUCGACGAGAUCGGCGCGAUCGGUGUUACGUACGUAUUCAAGGUUACGAGAUAAACCGAGUCUCGUAAGCGGUCCGAUAAGCGGCUGGCGAUCCGUCGACGAUUCUCGGGGGCAUCGGUGAGUGCGCGGCCGGCUUCAAGACCCACCGCACGGACCCUGCCGGAAGGCGCGCGGUGGCGUCGACGGCGAUUUCCGGCUCAAUCGAGAAGACACCGUCGCGACGUCUUCUCAUCUGCGUCUCUCUCCGACCCGACGCAGUCGCGAGCGAGAAAUAACUCGGUGCUAUCGAAAAACGGCGCGUCCGUCAUGCGGAACGACGUGGAUUCGAAUCGGUAGAAGAAAGUAGUAUAAAUUUCGCGAGCUUCGAUCAUCGCAUGUGUCGCAGGAAGUGUUGGAGAGAAAUACAGGAAGUGGUGAUAGAAACUUUAGGUGAUUCGGAAACAAAUACGCGAUCAAACUCUUGACUAUCAGCGUAACGACGUGAGUCAACAACGUUGCUCAGCGUUACACAUAGUAGUAUGUGGCCGCUCUUAGCCAAUUGCAUUUUUUCGUCAGCAAUCACAAGUGCAAGCGAUUUGACAUCCAAUUAGAAAAACGCUUCUGCCGGAUAAUUUACUCCAAGAAAGAGAAAAUCCACGUGGCCGCGAAAACGGGUCUUCAAUUAGAAGACCUGUACUCUGAAUAGUUAACGUGUGAUGCUCUCGAUGAGUGCGUCGAAGUAGAAAUUACAAGAAGAUGUAACUUCAUCUUCAUACGCGCUGAGAAGAAAUUGCGUCACGACUAGAAAAUCGCAUACACGAGCGGAAACGUUGACAAUAAGCGACUUGUAGGUGGUAGUAUAGGUGGAACUAUUUACAAACAGCCCAUUCAAGUCUCGUGCAACGAGCUCGUAAACGAGUCCCGAGCGCAAAGAGCGUGUCUUGUGCAGGAGAAGCGUUUUCCUUCGCGACUUUGUCGUUUACGAGCAAUCGCGCGAAUUUCGCGACGAAAUUGUUCGCAUUCGAGGCUCUUCAAGAUAAGGCGAAGACGACGAAUGAUCGUUCGCCGCGGGCGAGCGAAAUCGCGUUCUUUGUCGCGUUGAAGACAACGUAACAAUUAUUUGUGCAGCUUCUUCCUUCCUUCGUGCACUGGAGAACACGUUUUCAGGAUUAUUACAAGAUUUAUAUCUAGUAGAAAUAUAUAGAAAAUGUGAAAAUAAUCGUUCGCGAGAAUGUCACAAGAACUAUAUUCAGUUUUCUCAGUGUACUGGUGUUAGCAACGACAGAAACGAAAUAAUAAGAAAGUGGGAGUGAAUCGGUGAACCGGCUUUCGCACAACGUUAAUUAUCUUCUAGUUUUCUCGUGACGCCGAAUCAUCAGUUUCGGCAGAACUCUGAUGAAUUCCGUGCUUAACGUCGAACUAUCACGCUUGAGUUUUCCAGAUGGACGCAGCUUGUUUCGGGAUGAUUUUCCUUUUGAAUUAUCCUGUACGGAAGGAGCUCGGUAACUUCAGAGAUAGUUUAAAGAUCACUAACUGCAUCGCACAAAUUUGAACGAAGGAAGAUACAAAUAACAAAUUCCCGAAAAGAAUAAGCAUAACUUCUUAUUAUUGUUUCACCCGUAACACGGCGCGGCGGCUGAAGCGUGCUUCCUUUAAUUCGGAGAUAGAGAAUAUACAUUUAUCAAUUACAUUUCACCUUUGGCGAAAAAAAAGUGCCUUGAUGCACGACUGUAUACUUCUAUGUGCGGAAGUUUCUCGCUUUAAGAAAUUCUGCAACAACAAUAGACUGUUUUCGAAUAACCCGUGUAUAAAACCUCUGUCAAGCAACGAUUCAAGAAACUCUAUCUCCAGCUAUUCUAUUAAUUUUCUCUUAGACCAAAAGACGGAUAUACCUUGCAUGAAUCAUUUCAAGUAUCUUCAGUGUUCAACAUACUCGUUUCUACCAACGUUCAAUUUGUAGUCGAUCCAGAACUGUCAGUUUGCAUCGUAACUCGAUAGAACUCGAUAGAAAUCGAUAUUGCACAGCGACGAUCUCGCCGUCCACGCAAAGGCAGAUUGUCAAUCUCGGAGAGAUAAUCAGGCGAGAGGCGAUCUCGCCGGAAAGUGGUUCUCGACGCGGUUGCACGAGCUCACUCUUAGACUGGAGCUGUACUUGCCGUACGCACCGCUGCCGGGAGGCGGUGGGAUCCUCCCGGCGGUGAGCGGCAGCGGUGCUCCUAGUGGCUGUCGUCCGGUGCUGCUGGGUGGCGUCGAUCUGUCGAUGUCGGCGGCGGUGCAGCAGCCGGUUGCGACGCUACCGACGAACCUGACCAGCAGCGGCCCGAUAGCGGCUCACAAUUCCCUGCAUCACACAUCGGGCGGCCUGGCCCUGCCGCUGGGCGCCGCAGCGGGCCCGCCGGUGAUGAUGCCGCGUCCGCCACCGGGUGCUAUGCCGCCGCUGGGACCGACGCUGCCGCCGACUCAUCAGGACGAGGAUCUAGCCGACGCGGCGCCCAAUCAGGACGUCUUGCUAGCGCUCCUCGCGAGAAACAAGAAUUUGGAAGAACGGAGGGUCAAAACACCAAGCCAUUUUACUAUCAAGGAAGAAUCCACGAUACCAAAAUGCGGUGGAUGUCAGGAAGUUAUUUUGGAUAAAUACGUUCUAAGAGUCCUGGAGAGGUGUUGGCAUGCAAGAUGUCUCACGUGUCGGGACUGCGGUGCCAGAUUGACCGACAAAUGUUUUGCGAGAAACGGUCAUGUGUUCUGCAAAGAUGACUUCUUCAAGCGUUUCGGGACAAAAUGCGCGGGCUGCGGCCAAGGGUUGGCACCUUCGCAGGUGGUACGAAGGGCGCAGGAAUUUGUCUACCAUCUUACGUGUUUCUCGUGCGCUCUUUGCUCUCGACAACUGGACACCGGUGAUGAAUUUUAUCUCAUGGAAGAUAGAAAACUCGUCUGCAAGCCCGAUUACGAACAAGCGAAGGCGAAAGAACUGGCAGAUGGAGGGAGUAUAGACGGUGAUCAACCUAAUAAGAGGCCACGAACAACGAUCACGGCGAAGCAGCUCGAAACCCUCAAGCUGGCAUACAACACCAGUCCGAAACCAGCGAGGCACGUGCGAGAACAGCUGUCUCAAGACACAGGGCUCGACAUGCGCGUCGUUCAAGUCUGGUUUCAGAAUAGGAGGGCGAAAGAAAAGAGGCUGAAAAAAGAUGCUGGUAGGACGAGAUGGUCUCAAUAUUUUCGCAGUAUGAAAGGCGCCGGCGCAGGCGGUCAUUCGCCUAGACACGAUAAGCUUCUUGACAAAGAUGAGCUGAAGGUAGACUUGGACUCUACCUUUGGUCAUCACGACUUGAGUAACGACAGUUACGGAACAGUGGUGAACAUGGGCCUGGAUGGCGAGGGCGCGAGUCCAGGCGGUGGUGGCAACGGAGCCGGAGGUGGACCGCCUCGCGGAUACCUGGGUGCGACGACACCACCGUAUCUCUCAACGUCCAGAUCGCCAUCCCUACCGCCCCAGUUUCCGUAUCCACCGGAUGCUGGUCUCUCGGUCUACACCACUCUUGGGGGACCGGGCGGCAUGGUGCCAGGACCAGCGUCGGAUCUGAGUAACGAGUCGAGUGGCGGUGGCGGCGGCGGCGGUGGUGGCGGCGGCGGCGGCGGUGGCGGUGGUAGCGGCGGUGGUGGCGGUUACCCCGACUUUCCGCCGUCGCCGGACUCCUGGCUUGGCGAACCGCCGCCCCCACACGCUCAUCAUCAUUCUCAUUCCCAUUCCCAUUACGCCACAUAACCCGCCAAAACCGCGCGUCGCCAAAUACCGUAUAGAAUAAUGUGCUGUCGGAGCGGGGCGUUCACCUGAGAGCGUCAAUGCUGGUCUCGUCGUCGUCCUCAUUCUCAAGAAAGUCUUCCCCGUUUCUUCGAAUAAAAUAAUAAAUUUUGUAAAAUUUUGUGGUAAAAUCCAUUUAAUAAAGUCCGAGUUUAUUGACCGUAAGAAAAAUCUAAAAGCAAGAACAAAUUUUUAUUUUUUAUUAAGAAUAUGAUAAGUCUUUAAUUUAUUUUGUACAUUUUUGCAGAGUUAUUUUGUAUAAAAUACUUAUAUUGUAUAAUUUAUACUUUUGUUUACUUAUCUAUUGAAACCAUAUAUUCAUAUAUAUGUAUGAAGAAAAAAAAUAGAUAUAUAUUUAUAUAAAUAAGAUUUUAUCAAUUAAAAGAAUUAUUAUUAUCUAUUUAAUAUACAUCUUUAUUUUUUUCAUUUCUGCAAACGUUGUAAUUUGCAUUGUGCAAUUAAUAAUUUUGUGUCUUUAUAUUUAUAUCUUUCAUUUAUCUUGAAGUAAUUUGUGAAAUUUAUAACAAUCAUUAAUCGUAAUUUUUUAUUAAUAUUUAAACUGAUAAUAGAGAUCACUUUCUUCGCUCUUAGAUUUUUUACACUAUUGUUUGGUUGGCGUUAGGACAAAUUAAAAUUAAUGAAGCUGUUCGUUGAAAUUCCUUUAGAUAAUUUAGAUAGCUUGUAAUAAAUAGAGAAGUAAAUCCUCGAAUCAUACUCGAUGAAGGCGACGACGGAUUAUGGCGAUACUUGCGAACGUCCCACACACGGUCCAAAUCCACGAGUUAUUCUACGCCGGUAUUUUAUACCGUCCCUCCUCACGAUCUUUCGUCAUCCGAACGGCCGUAUCGAUGCCGUACCUUUAUGGCACACGUACGAUUCGCAUUCGAUACUACGAUUAAUCUAAAUAUAUUUAUGUACAAGUUCCUCGUUUCUCGGAGUUUGAUUGUCGAGUAAUAAUAGGAGGUAGUGUAAAACGUGUCCCGGACUAUUCGCGGAGAUCCAUUUGUCGUGAUUUAUAAUAACCGAUUUAUUAAUUUCUUUUAUAGUCUAUAACGAUAAAUAAUUUAUAGAAUAAGUAUCAAGAAUUUUAUAAUAGGACAAGUGCAAGUUUUAUUUCCAAGAUACUGAGAUAUGACGCAAAUACAGGUAUAAUAUUUGAUACGAUCCAAAUCAUCACGGCGAAUGCGAUCAUCCGUAUGACAUACCACUCUCUCUAAGCUCGAUUUUCAUAACGCAAGUUUUAAAAAAUAUUAAAGAAUCCGGGUUCUAAUUCUCCCAAAACAAAAUUAAACUUUUAAUUGAUCACUCUCUUGGAAAACCACUGAGAGUAUCUUUGUCAAGACAGUCACGGAGCAUACAUGAGCAUGCAUCAACUGGAGAGUGGUGAUGAUACCACAUUGAACCUACCAAUAAAUAAUCGUAAGAUCAAAACUUGACCGAUCUUGUACCAUGAGGGACUGACUAGAUAAAUAUACAUUAAUUUUCUUACAAAUUUAGGAAAUUUUGAAUUUUAUAUAAAAAAAUAUAUAUAUAUUAAAAUUUCAUAAAUUUCCAUGAGAAUUAAUGUAUGAAUUAUUUUAUAUAACCGGAUAGAUUUGUCCUUUGUAUUUUCUGCUUUAGAAAUAUUUGGAAAAAAAAUAUAUAUAUAUAUAUAUCUUUGAAUGUUGAGAUAAAACACUUUGUAUAAUCUAAAUUUUUAACGAAAUUAUUAUCUUGUUGUUACAUUUUAUCAAAUAAAAAAAAAAAUAAGGAAUGUUCUUUAAUAUUCGAUCAAAAUAAAAUAAUUUGUUUUGAUUCGUUAUCGUAAUACGAGAGAUCUUUGAAGACUUGAAUUCUGAAAAUCGAGCAUUGGGCACGUGUGUUGACGAUUUACCUUGCUUGCGUGUGACGCUAGAAUCUUGAAAUGUGUAUUGUAAAUAGUACGAAUUAGACCUAUAGGAUAAAGUUCAUCCAAUCCAGGAUAUCCGAUUUUAAUUCACUAAAUUCUUAACUACUUGUAUCAUUGAAAGACAAAAAAAAGAAAUCGUUUUAACUUGACGACCAAUAAUAUAAUUUAUAUUAUGUUCACGUGAGUGAAUAAUUCAUUUUCCGAAUUUGAUAUUAUAACAGAUAUUGUACAAAAAUUUUUUUUUCAAAUCGAAUGAUAAGGAUUGGAAACUUUUCCUUGCUAGUUGAAAUUGCAUUAAAAAAUUGACGUGCAAAAGUCUCAACGUGCACAGAAUUAUUUAUGUCAAACAAUACUUCUACAAUUCAAUUGUAUUUGCUUUUUCAGAUGCAUGUUGUCCACUCCACUGGACACACUUUAAUUACUAUGUCUGAUACAAAUUAGAAUCUGAGAAGUUUAAGAAGCGAAUGCAAAGUCACCACAAUCUUUGAACAGAACCACGCGAUCUCGUGUAUUUUUCUUGUGCUACUUUUGCACGUCGAUCUGUGCAACCAACGAUCAAAAUUAUUGUAACUUCGAACCGUGUACAUACCUCGUUGCUAUGAGGUUACGUAAGCCGUCGAUUAUAUGAUAACUCGUCAUUGUGUAUACAGAGAAGAAAUUGAAAAAAAUUGUUUUUGAGUCGUAAGUCAAAAUAUGUUGAUAAUCAAAAAAAAGAAACAGAAGAAAAAUAAAUUGAAUGACUUGAAUGUAUGAUAAAUAUUAAGCGACAUGCAUGCAAUAGUAAUAUGAGUUUCGCUUGGAUUAAUAAGUUGAUUACGUUUGUAUCUUUAAAUUUCAUUAAAAUUCUUACAAAUUACAAGUACAAUAAAAUAUUUCUCAGUUUAUAUUAUUGUUAUGUAUUAUUACAUUUUUUUCAUAAAUUAUAUUACUACAAAAAAUAAAAAUAUAAAAAUAAAUUUUAGAUUUUUAGGAAAAUUUUAAAUAAACAAUACACAUAUACAAUGUCAAAAGAAACUACCUUGGUGGCAUUUUGUAAUAAAAACGACAGUUAAACGAUUUCGCAAUACAGAUAAACUGGAACCGCAAUAAGUUGAUUAAUCCAAAUGCGUCUCAUAUUAUUAUUAAAUAAAAUGAUGGCGUAUACAACACAAGCGGCAGCAGCGUGCAAAAACGUCACUGUAGAAUUGUAUAUAUCUCGGUACUGUUCCCAGUUCCCUCCCCAUCCUCAUCACGCUCCCCUUGUCUUCUUACAUGCUCUCAUACGUUUUACCGGGUACGAUUAUCGCGAACGGAAGGAAACGGUAAGAAAGGUAUAUUAGACUUAUAAGAAAGAUUAAUGUUGUACAGUAUUUCUCUCCGCUCCUUCGCCGGAUGUGCGGUUGAAGGAAUUCGCGUGUCUGGCGCAGUUCAUAAACUUCACAUCACUAUGAGUUAUUACGAAUCUUUAUAUUAUUAUCUAGUCAUGGAGUGAUAAUAAAAAUUCUAUCAUAAUCUUAA